AUGAGGGUCAUGUGGAGAAGUCCACAAUAGGAGAGCCACAAGGCAGUGAGACCUACAAAGAAGAGACCGAGUGUCGCUCUCAAGCAGCAAGGUGGUAUCUACUACCCUCCAAAAUGCCUGUAAUGGUGCUUCUGUUUGGCUUCCUGCUAUACCCAGUAGCUGCCCUCCCAGCUGGAUCACAGCCAAAGGCCCUACCCGUUCCUCCUUUGUCCUGGGAGUCCCAGCUGCCCAUUCUCAGCCCCCUUUCCUGUCGGAACCUGACGCCUGAGUCUCUUCCCAAUUUCAACCACCUAGACCCUCUGCCUAGGUACCUGACUAGCCUGGCAUUGUACAUAACCCUGGAGCAGGCUGGCUGUCCCAGUGAUGCACAUGCCCUUCGGCAGCAGCUCUAUAGACUGGGUGGGGUGAAAGCCACAGAGACCCUCAUCCAACAGCUCCAAGGCCUCCAAGGGAACAGAAGAAAAAGGAAGUCGGAUGGGGUGCUAUUCUCCAUUCUACAGCUCCUGGGCAGGAGAGCCAAGAGGUCGGGAAGGGCCUCUCGUUCACUGUCCACAGCAGAUUGUGUCUAUGAGAAGGAGCGACAAGUGCACAGUGUAAUGCAGUUCCUGCCACAAGUGGGAAGCUACUAUAACCUCGGUACAGCUUUCUAUUAUGCUGCCCAGGAUUGCACAGCUCAGGCCUGGGAGCGAGGACAGGAAGCUGCGCUGGACCUAAGCUAUGAUUUCCUUGUUGGGCUGAUGGGGACAACGGUGGGGCCUGCAGGGGUAAUGGCCGGUUUGGCACUUAAGCCAGCAGUCAAAUCUGGAGUUCAGAGACUGAUAGAAUAUUAUUACAGUAAUAAGCAGGGGUCAGGAAGCCCACUCCCAGCCACAGAUCAAAGCUGGCAGGACUGGAGAACCACCACAGAAAUGAGCAGCAGCUGGGAGAAAGGCCACGGGGUGUCUCCAACAACGGGCAGUGGCAACGCUGAUGAGGUGACACAGGCCACCUCCCUGUGGAACUGGGGGUCAUUCAAGAUCUGGGGAUAAUGGAGAAAACAGAGACUACCUGCAAGCGAGCAUUGAAGCUGGGGGAAAGGGGCAUGAAAGGAAGUCAGAGGGCUGUGGAUGCCAACGGCACAUAAACUGACAUCCUUAUCGUCAUGGGCAAGUGCUUAAUAAAUGCCGCUUGAUUAUUCUUUGCAUCUGUUUGCGCUUAAUAAAUGCUUGAAUACAAAUGAA